CAUCCACAGUGGGAGUAACAGGGCAUCAGAACAUGGGGAGCCUACAAACAGGACAGGGACACAUCUCGCCAUCCAGAUUGCAUGACAACGCCUAUUAUGAAGACUCCCUGUUCCCAAAGUUGCAGAGGAUCAUGACAGAGCAAUGGUCCAUAUACUCCAAACCAGUCCCAGCAGACAGCCGGGAGCUGUGGGCCCUAUUUCUGCAGUGCUCCUGCAUCACCGUGCUGCUUGGAGGCCUCUUCUACAACUGGCUCUUCGCAUCCCUGGAGUACCCCCAGCACAUCUCCAUCGCGAUGGCCAUCACCUUCAGCCUGCUCCUCCUCCUUGCCCUGUUCUUGCUGCACCCUGUGCGCUGUGCCUUCAGCAUCACCAUGCCAACACUGGGCACCAAGCAGGGCCGGAAGCUCCUCUUGUCAGCCUGCAUCAUGAUAGCAGUGGUUAACAUCACCCCCAACAUCAUCAGCAACAUCAAGACCUUACUGCAGGUCAUCCUGUGCAUCUCCAAGAAUUCCUCUGAGAGCCUUCUGAACUCCACUGAUCUGCUGGAGAACGCUUCCUGGAAGCUGGGGGAUGAAAUAAAAAAUUACGCUAUUCUGAAGCCCAUGGAUGGACAUUUUCAGUUUUCACUGGUGAAGAACAACUCCUGGAUUAACCAGGUGCACCUCGCUGGUGAGAAAGCCAGGAAGGAUUUUUUGGCUGUCGAGGUGCUGGUCAAAGAUUGUGUGCGAGCAGGCAACAAACUGGUCGCUGCCUUCUCCGUGCUCUACCUCUGCUUUGAGUCCAUCUGGUACUUGAAGAAUUACCUCACCAACCUCCGCUUCGACAACAUUUACAUCACCAAGAAGCUGCAGCGUUUGGCUGAGGAUGGAGGAGCUUCCCACUUGCUGGUGGGCUCAGCCCAACGCCUCAUCCGCCCCACGGGCCUCAGGCUGUCCCGUGAGGAGCUGAUGCUGUGCCUGGCGCAGGCGCUGCGCCUCUCGGUGGCCCUGCUGCUGGUGCUGGUGGUGGUGGCCUUGGAGCACCUCGUCUUUGGCGUAGCGGACGUGGCAGUGAGGAGGAUGGCUCAGCUGUCCGCAGUGCCCAUCACGCUCAGCAUCAAAUACCAGGCUGAAAUAGACUUCUUGAAAAUCUCACUUCCCGUGAAGGACGUUGAUAGGAGCUACCACCACUCCCUGACCUUCAGCUCUGCCGGCUGCAGGAUCAGCCCCCCAAUACCUCCCAACCCCUCCGUGCUGCUGGUUGUGGGACUGCUCUUCUGCAUUAUCUACGCCACCGUGUUUCUGGAGACCUACGCACGCCGCCUGUGCAGGAAAAUUUCUGCUUCCUUCUUUGAGAGCCGGGAGGAUGAGCGGGCACGUUACCUCUAUGGCAAGCUGUCCCGGCAGCACAGGAAACAACACAGCUGAGAAAUGAAGGACAAUUUUGGACAUGCAGGGAAUGACAGAGAGCUUGUGGCAAUAACUGGAUACGCAAAGGGAUCACAAAAUUCACUCUCCAGAGUCAGAGAAGUGGUAGGAGCCUGGGAGCAGUAUUUGCCAAUUUAAGAGAGAAAAAGGCCAGAAGUGAUAUUUUGAUUAAUCUGAGAAAAAAUGAGCUACAUUCACUUUCUUUUCUUGAUUCAAUCUAGAACUCAUCCAGGAAUGUUGGAAAAAGGAACCCAAGAUAAUUCCUAUGACUGUGAGGGUGUUGGCAGCAUUAUGCAAGGCUAAGUGUGCGUGGGAGAUGGGUGGAGGAAGUGCUCCUUCACCUUCCCAUGUCACUGCUGGAGGAAGUGCACCCUUCAUCGAUUCAUACAAUCUUUAGGUUGGAAAGAGCUAUGAGAUCAUCUCACCCAACUGCUUCCU